AUGGCUCGGACUAUGCAGACGGCCACUGAUCCGAACUACAGAAGCGAAGGCUCAGGCGACCAAACGCCUGAGGGAGAAACGUUUGGUCAGGGAGACCAGACGGCUCUGGAGAGAUCCCAUCCGCGCGCCCCUUCAACUCCCGCAGAUUCUUUCUUGGAAGAGUGCGACCAAGGCGACGAUGAGGCCGUGUCAGCCCCUUUGACCCAAAAUGAGGAGGAGACGGAGAGCGACAGAUCCGCCUCCACCUCUGAGAGCAGCGACGAUUUACCCCCGCUUGAGGAUAGCGAGGAGGAGGAGAGGAAGAAGUGUAACGAGAAGGAUGAUCCCUUCAACAUCCACGUCUCCGCCAAGGACCGGAUCCAAAUGGAGGAGAACUUAAAGGACUUUACGCAAAUGCACCCGUUAGGAGAAGGGUAUAGAAUCAGGGUGCCGCCUGAGAACGACAUCAUCACCUGGGAGGAUGAUCAAGAGAACGCCAACAGCUACUUUGGCUGUUUUGAGGCGGCGUUCAAGGCUGAAGAAGCUUUAAACAUGUUGCAGAAAGAGAAGACUCCCAAGCGGUCCUCUACAGUCAUCCGCAAGGAGCUUGCGGAAAAAGCUGCGGCCGCAGUUAAGGCCAAGCAGCUGGAGGCGGAUCUGAAAACGGCCAACCAGCGAGUGAGCGACGCUGAGACGGCCCAGAAGAAGGCAGAGGAGGCCCAGAAAAAGGCGGAUGAGAGCGCCAAAAAAGCUGACGAGGCGCUCAAGAAGGCCCAGGCGGACCUUGGCACACUUAAGGGUGUUUCCGAAGAGAACACCAACCUGAAGACCAAGGUUGAGAGGCUGAAGAAGGAGGCUGCUCAGGCUCAGACAAACUUUGCAGCAACUCUGGAGGUAGAGAAAAACCGCCUGGUUGCUGAAAGUGAUGCUGACAAUGACGCCCGCAUGAAGAUCGCCUGGGCCGCCUUGUACCCAGACGCGGAUUAUAGCGUCUGGGCACUGGCUCACAGUUACGCCGAGUAUGUGGUGUACCUGAGAGAUAGAGGUUAG